CUGUGGCUGCAACUGCCGGGACUGGGGACACAAUCACGUGGAAGGAUGCCCGACUCUGUGACGCUCGGGCACUCGGGCGUGCGACGCGUCCCGGUCGUGUCCCAUGAGCAGCUCACGCUCCAGUGGGGAUGCGAACGCCCACAUCUCUGCUUUCUCCCUCAUCUACGUCUGGGUCACUGUCUGUCGGAUCAGCUAGAGCUAGCAAGAAGGAGGGCUAGCUUCAACCCCGCCAGAGAAAGCACUAAUUGGUCAACCACGCUGUGCGAGACCUGGACAGUUCACGGAUCUCAAGACUCAAUUCUGGACGGAAUUGCGCUCCUGAGAUUGGCUCAUGUCUUCCUCGAAACCUACGCAACUCACGCCCUUCGGAUAUGCUCUCGCAGGGGCAUUGGGCGGGUGCUUCAGUAAUGCCGUGGUGUAUCCCCUCGAUGUAGUCAAAACUCGUAUCCAGGCUGCGGCCGAGGGGGAGGACAGGGAGAAACUGAGCGUCAAGUCUCUCCUCUUACGCAUCCUAAAGGAAGAAGGCAUUGCUGGCUACUUCAAAGGCUUCACAGCUACCAUGAUUAAUACGUUCUCCAUGCAAUACGCCUACUUUUUCUUCUACUCCUUCGUGCGCACGUCCUACAUCAAGCGCCUCGCCGCACGGCUCCCAGCGGGGUCGAAGGCCCCGCCGCUUUCGACGGCGGCCGAGCUAAUUCUCGGUGCGAUUGCGGGAGCCCUCGCGCAGAUCUUCACCAUCCCCGUCGCCGUGAUCGCCACGCGCCAGCAGGUCGGCGGCUCCCUGGAGCGCCAGCGGCGUUCGCGCGCCGCAUCACUCGCCGAGAAGGGCGGGCCCUCGUACGCCGCCGUCGCCGACCCAGCGAAGGACGUCAGCACGGACGUCGAGAAGGCCGCGGAGCAGGGGAAGGGGAAGGGGGAGCCCGACGACUCGUUCUUCGGCGUGGCGCGGGAGAUCGUCGAGGAGGAGGGCGUGACGGGCUUGUGGCUCGGGAUCAAGCCCGGCCUGGUGCUCACGGUGAACCCGGCGAUCACGUACGGCGCGUACGAGCGCGUCAAGGGCAUACUCCUCCUCGCGCAGGAGCGCGCGAAGGGCCCGGUGAAGGGCGCGCUGAAGUUGAGCCCGUGGACGUCCUUCCUCGUGGGCGCGCUGAGCAAGACGCUCGCUACUGUCGUUACGUAUCCGUAUAUCAUGGCGAAGGUCCGGAUACAGGCGCGGAGCGCCGAUAGCGAGGAGGCGGUGGAAGAACACCAGCCCGUGCCGCCGAAGCAUGCGUAUCAUCAUGCACAUAGCAAGCAUGUCGGCGCGCUGGACAUCCUCGCAAGAGUCUAUCGUCACAAGGGAAUCUUGGGCUGGUAUCAGGGCAUGAGCGCACAAAUCACGAAGGCAGUGCUGUCGCAGGCAUUGCUGUUCAUGUCGAAAGAUCAGUUCGAGCAUUGGGCUCUGGCGAUCAUGGUGCUGUGGUGGAAGAUGCGGCAUGCUAAAGCCUGAGCAGCCCCAUUAACAUUGCACAUACCUCACAUACAAUCGCAUUGCAUGUAGACCUUCCUUCUCUUUUCGACGAGUCUGCGCUCGAAGUUUCUUUCGUCUGCUAGAUGUCGUGCCUACAGCAACCGUUGUAUAAUGUACACUUCAUGUUGCGGACUACAACCCGUUCGUGCAAUCAAUUCUGAAGCUAGAUCAUUCAUCCAU